UUGAACAUUCAAGAGCAAGUUUCUCCUAUGAGGAUCAACUUUGAUGUCAGCAGAAGUCAUUGUUGGAAACCUUUUUUUACUGGAUCCUUUCCUCACUCCUCACUCACUAGUGUGCAGCCAGAGCAGCUGGUGUACAGACGCUCUGAUAGAACAACAGCAGUAGAACUUCAAGACAGGAUUGAGAGGACCCUGAGGGACAAGAUCAUGUCGUGGCGUCCUCACCGUCCCACACGCUGGAACCGCCACUGCACCACCGCCCUCAAACACUUCCUCCCCAGCCUGGAGCUGGGCGGCGGCGGCGGGCGUGACGCGGGCGAGGGUCACCGCCACGAGCUGCAGAGCAUGCUGGGAGACAACCGGAUAUCAGGAUUCCCACUGAACAUGCCUUUCUCAGAGAUGGCUCCCAUCGUGGAGGCGGUGUACAGCACGGGCGUGCACACCACACACUCACCCAACGUGGAGUUCGCUCUGGCCGUCUACGUGCACCCUUACCCCAACAACGUGCUGUCGGUGUGGGUCUACCUGGCCUCGCUCGUGCGGCCCUGACAAUGUUAGCUUAGCAUCUUACAGACAGGAAGUGUGAACUCUUGACACAAACUUUAUUGGAAGUGACACAAGUACAGCUGAGGAGAUAAAGUGCAGUUCUGGAACCUUCUUUUCCCGCGUCACUCUCCUGAGCGACAACACGCCCUGAAGCCGCACUGAAGGUUCUGGCAGCCGCUCGCUGUGUCGGCGUUUGGACCUGCAAGUUUUACAAGCCAAUCAAGACCGCAGCUCUGCAUGCGCUAUAAAAAGUGCUGACUCAGCAGUUACAACAUACAUAUAUAUAUACACAUAUAUAUAUAUAUAUACA